UUUAUUGUAAUAAUGCUUGUUGGCAAUAAAUUUGGCUCAGUAAAAUGAUCUAACAAAAUAAAAGAUGACACGAGACUAUUUCUUGAACCGUGCUUUUAUUCUGAAAGUAACACGCCUCACCGGAAGUGUGUAUGGUUUGGGCAUUCCCUUCAGCACCACCCGAACCAAGACAACCGGGUCUUUUGCCGCCAGUCAAACCUUCUACAAUGAAUCGUAUUUAGACGGACUGGACCUUGAAGAGUUUCUGACCCAGUUUUUUUUUUCUUUAAGUUCUGGUGCCAAAUGAAGCUGCUGGUGGAGGGAGUAGACGAAGAGCGGAAGUAGUUUGACGACUAACUUGAAGCGGAGCGGUUAUUGUUUUCCCGCAGCACGGAGCACCGCCUCAGGAGUUGGCAUCUUUCAUUUAGAAGGCACCUCGUCAAACAGGUGCCAUGAGCAGCGAGCUGAACGUCCCCGUGGGCUCUCCUGCUCCAGCAGUGCCUGGGGAGCCCGCUCUGGACACCGGAGGGAUGGACUACAGGGACUGGGUGAGGCGCAGUUACCUGGAGCUGGUCAGCUCCAAUCACCAUUCGGUGCAGGCUCUGUCCUGGAGGAAGCUCUACCUCAGUCGGGCAAAGCUGAAGGCGUCCAGCAGAACGUCCGCUCUGCUCUCUGGCUUUGCGAUGGUGGCUAUGGUGGAGGUGGAGCUGAAGGUGCAGUACCCCUACCCCAGAGAGCUCAUCAUUGCCUUCAGCGUGUGCACCACCGUCCUGGUGGCGGUGCACCUCUUCGCCCUGCUGAUCAGCACCUGCAUCCUGCCCAACGUGGAGGCCGUCAGCAACAUCCACAACCUGAACUCCGUCAGCGAGUCGCCGCACGAGCGCAUGCACCACUACAUCGAGCUGGCGUGGGGCUUCUCCACCGCGCUGGGCAUCCUGCUGUUCCUCGCCGAGGUGGUGCUCCUCUGCUGGGUCAAGUUCCUGCCCGUAGGCUCCGGCAGGGAGGAGAAACCCCCCCCGCCGCGCUCCGACAGCGGCUGGCACGCCGCACUGGCCUCCACCAUCAUCAUGGUCCCCGUCGCUGUGAUUUUUGUGGUCUUCGCCGUUCACUUCUACCGCACUCUGGUCCGUCACAAGACGGAGCGCCACCAUCAGGAGAUCGAAGAACUGCACAAGAUAAAGGUGCAGCUGGACGGGCAGGAGAGAGGCCUUCAGAAUGUGUGACGGUCCUGCAGACCAGAACAUGCAUGUCUUACUCUAUUUAUUGGAAAGGAGGAAGUGCCCGACUUCUGUGAGAGGGACGACGUUUACCGAAAAAGGGCUGCUUGGUUCUGUUUACUUUUAUGUUUGUUGGAAGAUCCAGAGAUGUUUUUAAUGUUUAAGGCCUUAGUCACAGCUGCCUGUAUGGGUGGGAACGGGCGGUUUGUAGACCACAAAGGAAAUAUUCUACGGUGAUGAUGCAGGCGACAGGUCGUAGUAAACGCAUAAACAACAAGUAAAGGCAGGUGAAGUUGAACUAAGUAAGACACAAGGAAAGUUUUCAACCCCCUGAGCACUGUACACUGAGUUUUAGACCAAAUCCAAAUUCUUCCUCUAGCCCAGAGGUCGGCAACCUUUAACAGUAAAAGAGGCUUUUGGGUCCAUUAUCUACUGAUCAAAGCCUAGAAGGAGCCACAUGGACUUACUUUAGCCUUUAAGAAAUUUGGAUUUGCCUUCAUGACCCUACAUAUUUUUUUAAAUAAAUGUAAACUAUGUAAAGUAUUUUUGGUAAAAACAAAAG